AUGGAUAUGGAAAAAAACUUCAAGAUCUUUGUGUACCCAUAUACAGACAAGGCUUUUGCUGAUGAUAAACGAAGGAAGCUUAGUGGCAAGUAUGGGAGUGAAGGGUACUUCUUUGAGAGUCUUCAACAGAGUCACUUCUUGACCACAGAUCCUGAUAAGGCUCCUCUUUUCUUUGUUCCUAUUUCUUGUCAUAAGCUGCGUAGAGAGGGAAGAUCCUACGAAGAUAUAGCUAUUGCUUUUCAGGAUUAUGUCAAGAGCUUGAUUGCAAAGAACCCUUACUGGAAUAGAACUAGGAGCCGAUCAUUUCUUCGUAACCUUUAUAAUGUGCAAUAUGUUCCACGCAAGGAUGUUCCUCUCCCGCAAAUUAUACAGCCAUUUGCUCUUCCUGCUGGUGGAAAUAACCUGAAGAACAGGACUUUACUAGCUUUUUGGGCAGGUCGCUGCAGUUCUGAUAUAAGAGAUAAAAUGAUCCAAGCUUGGCAGAAUGACACAGAACUCGAUAUCCAGAAUGAGCAAAUAGACAUUCAAAAUAUAAGAGGACAUAUAGCAUACCAAGAGAAGUUACAGGUCAGUUUUUUGCGGCUUUCUGCAGUUAUCUUGUCUGACUACAGUGUUUUGCCAUUCAAUGACAUUCUUGACUGGAGGAACUUCUCUGUUAUUCUCAAGGAGAAAGAUGUCCAUCGACUUAAGAAAAUCCUCAAGCGCAUACCAGAUCAGGAGUAUAGAAUCCUGCAGGAUAACACAGUUAAGGUCCAGCAGCACUUCCAGUGGAAUUCACCUCCAGUCAAACUAGAUGCAUUUCAUCCGGUACUCUAUGAACUGUGGCUGUGCCGCCAUGUUGUCAAGUAUGAACGGGUUGACACAGGAAUGAACAGAUGA